UGCAGGUAGAAAAAAUACGUUUAAACAUUUUGUGCGUGUUAAAUUCGAUAGAAAAUUCGGAAAAAUGGCCGGAAAAGGUGAAGGUGAAGGUGAUGGACUGGGAAAACUGACCGCAAGGAUUUCGGUGAUCAAAUAUGUGUUGGUUGCCAGCAACUCUCUACUUUGGAUGCUGGGCCUGACAAUUUUCGCUUUGUGCUUGUGGAUGCGAGUGGAAGACGGCAUCCAGGAGUGGUUGAUCAAACUUGACGCUACCAACUUCUACAUCGGCGUUUACAUCUUGAUCGCCGUCUCUAUCAUCAUUAUGUUAAUAGCUUUCUUCGGUUGUGUGGUUGCUGUAGUUGACAACAACUUCUUUUCUUUAAUUUACAUCGGGAUCCAAGCGAUCGGCUUCGUGUUGAGCUUGGCCGGUGCGGCGGUCCUUCUGGAUUACAGCGCAAGAAAUUCCAGGUUCCAGCCGAUAGUGCGCGAUUCGAUGCUAAGACUCAUCAGCAAUGCACACCAUGAAGAAUCACGACAGACCCUGUCCAUGAUUCAGGAGAAUAUCGCCUGCUGCGGCGCUGACGGUGCCUCCGACUACGUGAAGUGGAACCAGCCCCUACCCAGCGAAUGCAGGGACACCGUCACCGGAAACGCCUUCUAUCACGGCUGUGUGGACGAAUUGACUUGGUUCUUCGAGGAAAAGUGCGCCGGAAUCGCCGGACUUGCCAUGGCCGUCUGUUUCUUUGCAGUUAUGAACGCAGUUUUGACUAUCGUCUUGAUGCAAGCUUUGAAAAAGGAAGAACAAGAAAUCACACAUGAGGCAAACAGGAAUAUUAAAUAGAGUAAAAAUUUUCCACUUCCUGACAGGUUGAGACACCACAUUUAUCACCUUGUGUUUUCAUUAAUUAUUUAUGUUAUAAACUUUAUAAUUUUGUAUGUAGUUUUUAGUAAUAAGUACAUGUACGGUAUUAACUUUUUCCUGACAUUAUGAAUUUAAUAAUUUUAAUUGAGUUUUCAUAUAAAUUUAUUUAAUAUCUAAUUUGUUGGUUGAUCUCUAAAAUUAUUAUAUUAAAUAUGUAUAAUAAAUUUAAAAUAAAAACUUUGAAAAAGUA